UAUAUUUAUAUAUAUUUUUAAUUUCGAUUUACGCAAAUUUUCAACACGAAAGCAAUUUUCAUGUCUUGCCAAAAAUUUCCCAGCGUUCGGGCCAAUGGAGUAAAUCGUUCUUGUCGCAUCGAUCGACUUGCCGCAAUGUCAGCACUUUAACAACAACCAACAAAAAUAAUAAUAAAACCAAAUAUAUAUUUAAACAAAUUUCAAGUUAAGAACAGGGAAAGAAACAAACGAAAGACCUCGAGAGUUAAAUUUAAGAACAUAAAUAAGAAAAAUUAUUCGUCAUAUAAUUGUGAACAAGUGCUAUAUCGAAUUUGUUUAGCAUCGGAUUGCAUGGGUAACGUUAUGAUAACAAAUUUACUAAAGUGCCACGCCCACAAGCAAGCCCAAAAGCAACAGCAAUUGAAACUGAAGAAAAUCGAAAUCUAUUUUAUGUUCAACAAUCUGUGCAAAAGAAAAACUUUAUCGCCAACAAAUUUAUUGACACUAAUCAACACUCAAAGUGAAUAAAGUUCGGAGAACAAAUCGGAGAAGCUAAUUAAGACGAAAUAUCAGAAAAUAAAACGCAAACAGAACCUAAUUAAGGUAACUAAUUAAAGAGUUUACUUUUAGCUGCAGUUUGUACCAAGCGUUCAACAUGGUUGGUGUCGCCGCCGACUCUUCGCAGGCCUCGGAAUUAUCGUCGGCCAAGAACCCAAUGAUUAAGUAUUUGCUGAAGCAACGCGAGAAUCAUGCACGUGUCCAAGAUGCGGACUAUUCGCAUGUGUUUCGCCGCAAGACACGCUUCGAGCUCUUUCGCCUGUCCGCCAUAGCGAUGGCCAUCGAAUUCGCGUAUGCGGCCGAGACGAGCUUCGUAUCGCCGAUUCUUCUUCAAAUUGGCAUCGAUCACAAGCACAUGACCAUGGCCUGGGGCCUGUCGCCGCUGAUUGGUUUCUUUGUCUCGCCGCUGCUGGGCAGCGUCAGUGAUCGCUGUAAGCUGCGUUGGGGUCGACGUCGACCCAUCAUCACGCUUUUGUCGUUGGGCAUAUUCUUAGGAUUGAUUUUGGUGCCGUAUGGCAAGAAUCUGGGCGUCUGGCUGGGUGAUGCGGGGUACAAUUACACAACCUCAAGCUAUGCCAACGACAGCACCGUGGCGGCGGCUUUGCUUUCAGCGGAAUCGGUGCCGGAAUCAGGCGCAUCACCUGCCAAUUUCAAAUUUGCUGUCAUUUUAACCAUUUUGGGCAUGGUUCUAUUGGACUUUGAUGCGGAUACCUGCCAGACGCCGGCGCGUACCUAUUUGCUGGACAUGUGUGUGCCCGAGGAGCAGCCGAAGGCCUUGACUACGUUUACACUCUUCGCGGGCUUUGGCGGCACCAUUGGCUAUGCCAUUGGCGGCAUCGACUGGGAAACAACUCACAUUGGCAGCGUACUAGGUGGAAAUAUACCCACAGUGUUUACCCUGGUAACCAUUAUCUUUGUGAUUUGCUAUCUGAUAACUGUGACAACUUUUCGUGAAAUUCCACUCGGGCUGAUCGAGCGCGACGAGCUGCUGCGUCCGCUCUCCGAGUCAGCCAUCAAGAAGGAGCUCAAGAAGAACAAUAAUGCCAUUUACUACAUACAAGAGAACUCCACAUUGGACCAACAAAUGAAGUCAACCGAAGAGCCUAUCGCUAGCUAUCAGAAUAGUUACUUACCGGCGCUCGGCAAUAAGCUGAAGAAGCCCCAUGAUUUGGAGUUGCAAGCAGACGAUGCCGCACCGAUUUCAUUGCGUGGCUAUCUGAAGAGCAUCUUCAUAAUGCCCUACUCGAUGCGCAUGCUGGCGCUCACUAAUCUGUUCUGCUGGAUGGGUCAUGUCACCUACUGCCUGUACUUUACAGACUUUGUGGGCGAGGCGGUCUUCCACGGUGAUCCCACAGCGCCGCCUAAUUCUGCGCCGCUGCUGCUUUACGAGGAAGGUGUGCGCUUUGGCUGCUGGGGCAUGUCCAUCUAUGCCUUCUCCUGUUCCAUUUACUCGCUGUCUGUGACCAAGUUGAUGAAGUGGUUUGGCACCAAGGCGGUUUACAUCAGCGGCAUGGUUUACUAUGGCAUUGGCAUGCUGAUCCUCGGUUUGUGGCCAACUAAGUGGGGUGUUCUGGUCUUUAGCACCUCUGCGGGCAUACUCUAUGGCACGCUCUUCACAAUGCCCUUCAUACUGGUGGCCAACUAUCAUGCCAAGAAUUGUUUCCGUGUUCACAACGGCGAGACGGUGCCUCUGAAGCAGGCACGUGGCCUAGGCACCGAUGUGGCCAUCAUUAGCAGCAUGGUGUUCAUUGCCCAGCUAAUUGUUUCGCUGUGCGUUGGCCCACUCGUCGCUUGGAUGGAGACGACGUGUGCCAUUUUGUAUGCCUCGACAUUUUUAUCCUUUGCAGCGGCCAUUGCGGCCAUGUUUGUGCUAUAUGUCUAAGGCUCGGAGCGAUCGUAUAGUAUUCUCCUACUAUUAAUUGAGUAUUUAUGAUUAUCAGCAUCGUCGAAAUGAUGAAAUAUGUACUUAUGUACAUCACGCAUGCAUAUAGAGCCGUGCGCACAUAUUGUUUGAUAUGCAAACAAAUCUGUUGCCUACUUUGAGGCAUUUGUUUAUAUAGUUAUUUAGAUUCGUACAGCAUACUUUUAACUGCGAUUGCCUAAAGGCAAACAUUGUUUUAACAUUUGUUUAACAGUUUCGUUCCAUAACUUUAUCAGAAUUAUUAUAUUAUUACAUUUGUUUUAAGUUAAUAAACGUAUUCUUAAC